AUGAUCACUCAUUUCAAAUCAAAAUGCGACUUUGGUGAAAACUGCGAAAAAGAAUUAGCUCCAUACUAUGACACUUGCAAAAUAAAAAACAGUUUUGCCUUGACAUUCGAUGAUGGACCGCAUAAGGAUGCAAAGUCUACAUUCUUUGUGUGUGGACAUACGUAUUCAUGUAUAUAUGACAAUGCAGAAACACUACGCCGCGCGUAUUUAGCUGGUCAUCAGAUUGCUCUUCACACAUGGUCACAUCCAAACCUCAACACAUUAACCCGCUCUGAAAUCCACUCGGAACUAACUAGCCUUGAGACUGCACUCCGCAAAAUAAUCGGAGCGGUUCCUCGUUAUUUCCGUCUUCCUUAUGGUGCGGGUGCUUCCAAUGCGACGCUAAUGAACGUGUUGCGUGAAUAUAAUUAUACCGUUAUCGGAUGGGAUAUCGAUUCUGGUGAUUCGGUCGGAAGCACGGUAGAGACAAGCAAAAUGCAAUAUACAAAUGUCUUGAAAUGGAUGUGGUUAAAACGACGAUCACAUAUUUCAUUGAACCAUGACCCUAUCGAGAGCACGUCGAAAAUAUUGAUCAAUUGGGUUAUCAAGUAUAUCAGAGGAUUUGGGUAUGAGUUUAGGACUAUUGGUGAGUGUUUGGGAGAGAAAGAUUGGAGGAGUUGGUAUAAAGAGAUUACAACUUCGCAAGAAAGAGAUGAAACUUGGGUGUGUUAA